AAUUACGAAAGCGUCAUCUUACCAUCCAGCAAAUCAGCGAUUCUGCACUUUUUGGACUGAAUUGUUUUUUCUUCAGUCGAAAAAAAGUUAGCCGAUCUUCGUUUUGUGCUUUUAGGACCUGAGGACCAUUGAAAUAUAUUAUAGUUAUUGAACUGUCCUUCACAGCAAAGCCAUGCUGGAGGAGUUGUCGAAGAGCGAGCUUACGCUCUACUCGAUUUUAAUUUUCCUUUUUCUGGAAAAUCUGGUCAACUUGUAUCUCACCCGUAGGCAGAUUUUCAUCUAUGAAACCAGCAAAGAGAUUCCGCAGGAGUUGCGUGAUGUAAUGAAGAAGGAAACAUUCGAAAAGGCAAGGCUGUAUGGACUGGAUAAAGCAAACUUUGAAGUGUUCAAGCUGUUGGUGUGCGAUGUCGCAAUCAGCUCAAUUGAAUUGUACAGCGGUUUUGUGGCCAUGGUUUGGUCCAGAGCCUUGCAACUAUCCCCAAGGGUUGGGUUGAAUCCGGCCAACGAAAUUCACGUGAGCAUAGUGUUUUUGGUCAUAAUUAACAUCAUUGGGAUGUUCAAGGAUAUGCCGUUCAAAAUUUACGGAACGUUCGUUUUGGAAGAGAAGCAUGGGUUCAACAAGCAGACACCCGGUUUUUUCGUAAAGGAUCAGAUUAAAUCCUUCCUCGUUGGACAGGUUCUAUCUAUUCCGAUUGUAUCUGCUAUCGUAUACAUCGUUCAAAUUGGAGGCGAUUACUUUUUCAUCUGGUUGUGGGCUUUCGUCGGAGUUGUUUCGUUGGUAUUGAUUACAGUUUAUCCUGUCUAUAUUGCUCCAUUGUUUGACAAGUUCCGUCCGCUAGAAGACGGUGAGCUCAGAACAAGUAUCGAACAACUGGCGGCAUCGUUGAAAUUCCCACUCGGAAAGUUAUUCGUCGUAGAAGGAUCAAAGCGCUCGGCUCACAGCAACGCAUAUUUCACAGGACUUUUUGGAGCUAAGCGAAUCGUUCUGUUCGACACACUGCUUUUGAAUAAGGGACUUCCAGACGAUUCGACGCUAGCGGAAGACGAGAAAGGAAAAGGCUGUGAAAACAAGGAAGUUCUAGCGGUGCUUGCGCAUGAACUGGGCCACUGGAAGCUUGGACACAUCCGGAAGAAUAUCAUUAUCAUGCAGGUCCAGAUGUUCUUGAUAUUUAUCGCCUUCUCGCAGCUGUUUAAGUACUCUCCGCUGUACCAAGCGGUUGGUUUUCCACCAAACGUUCAACCUAUUCUGAUUGGAUUUCUGGUCAUCGUAAUGUAUGUCCUGGCCCCGUACAAUACCCUUAUUUCAUUCGGUAUGACUAUUUUGUCUCGUCGCUUCGAGUAUCAAGCCGAUGACUUUGCCAACGGGCUCGGGUAUUCUAAAGAAUUGGGAAAGGCUCUGGUCAAGCUGCACAUCGACAAUCUUGGCUUUCCAAUCUACGACUGGAUGUACUCAGCUUGGAACCAUUCGCAUCCAACUUUGCUGCAAAGGUUAGAACGACUGAAGGGCGUGGCCAAGAAAGACCGAUAAGUUCCUGUUGAUUGAGGCUCAAAUAUAUGAAUGAAACUAGUCGGAAGUAAUUCACGAAAUAAUAAUUGUGAGAGGGUGAGACGCGUUCAAAUAUUCCAGAUGUCAUAAAAUUGCAUUUUUAUUAACAUUGAGCAUCAACUUAUUGCAGUUUUUUUAGUCUAGAUAUUGAGCUAUUAGAUGAAAUAAUAAAGGCUCUAAAGCAGCUUCUA